GUAGCCAAAGAGUUUGGGUUCAAUUCCAAUGGGUUUUCUGUUUACCUGAACCGCAACAAGACCGGAGAGAUCCUCUCCCAGAACAAAACUCUGAGCCUGCUUAAGAUCAAGCAUGGCGACAUGCUGUAUCUGUUCCCGUCGGGAGCUCCUUCCUCCUCUGGGGAGGUGAUGGACACGGCCACCCCGCACUCCUCUUCAUCGCUACCAUCCAUCUCAACCUCCUCGUCCUCUUCUUCGUCCUCCAUGAUCCCCCGGUCCUUCUCGGCACCCCAGGUCCAGGAGGACGAGAUUGAUCAGUAUCUGGCCAAACAAGACGGCAAGAUCUACAGGAACAAAGAUCCACAGCUAUGUCGCCAUGGUGCCCUCGGAAAAUGUGUGCACUGUGUACCGUUAGAGCCUUUUGACGAAGACUACCUGAAUCACCUCGACCCCCCAGUGAAGCACAUGUCAUUCCACGCAUACAUUCGCAAACUGACCGGUGGAGCUGAUAAAGGGAAGUUUGCAGCUUUGGAGAACAUCAGCUGUAAGAUCAAGUCGGGCUGCGAGGGCCACCCUCCCUGGCCGGAGGGGAUCUGCACCAAGUGCCAGCCCAGCGCCAUCACAUUAAACAGACAGAAAUACAGACACGUGGACAACAUCAUGUUUGAGAACCACACCAUCGCCGACCGCUUCCUGGACUUCUGGAGGAAGACGGGCAGUCAGAGGAUGGGAUACUUGUACGGCAAGUUCACCGAGCACAAAGACAUCCCUCUGGGCAUCAGAGCUGAGGUGGCUGCCAUCUACGAGCCGCCGCAGAAUGCCACUCAGAACAGCCUGGAACUGGUGGACGAUCCUAAAGCUGCAGCUGUGGACGAAAUCGCUGCCAAACUGGGGCUCUGCAAGGUGGGCUGGAUCUUCACUGACCUGCUCUCCGAGGAUACGAGGAUAGGCACCGUCCGCUACACGAGAAACAAGGACUCGUACUACCUGAGCGCCGAGGAGUGCAUCACAGCAGGAUACUUCCAGAAUCACCAUUCAAACCCUUGCAGACUCUCUCGAGACGGCCAUUUUGGCUCGAAAUUUGUGACCGUGGUGGCGACAG